CAUCUGUUCAAAACACUCCCAACAAUAUGACUCAGAGGAAUUAUAUUUCCUGGCUGAAUGAAUAUUCACAGAAGAACAAGUUAUUAUUCAAGGCUCGUGAGUCCACUAAGAUGGAUCCAGGAAACACUACUCAAUUGAGUACUUAUGUUUGUAAGUACGUUUGUGGUGAUAGAGAGUUUCCCGAGGCUUAUGGAAAAAAUAAGAAGGACGCUAAAGAAGCAGCGGCAAAAUGUGUUUAUAAAGAGCUACUCGAAACACAAGAUGCAGAGGUCUUCGAUGGGAACAGCAGUAGACCACAGAGGUCAGAGGUUGCAUCUCGUAGUGUUAGCCUGGAAUGUGCCAGUUCCAGUUUUGCUGAUGAAUCUCAAAGUGCCACGCCUGACAACAACUACAUAGCACGUCUCAAUAACUACAGCCAGAGACAUAACUGUGUGGUUGAUUUUGAAUUAGUGGAGAAGAGAGGCCUUCCUCACAACCCUGAGUUUGUAUAUAAAGUUGUCAUAGACAGGAAGGAAUACCCUGAAGGACAAGGAAAGAGCGCAAAAGAGGCAAAGCAACAUGCUGCUCAGCACGCUUGGAGCGAAAUUAAGGAGCAAUCUGGAAGGACCACACAGAGUUCUGAAGAUGACAGCUCUUCACAAACUCAAGAGACAUCCUCGUCUGAAACUCCCAGCUCAAGUUCUUUCAUUGUCUUCAAAGACUCAUCUGCUGUCAGUUCUCCAAUGGCCGUAAGUCCGAGUCCGCUCGAUGUGAAGCCGAAAAAAAAAUUAGCACCAAAUUUUAAUCUGUCACCAAAGGACCUGGCCAGUAGUAAAGAGGUUGGUCCUAACAUGAAUCUACGAAAACCAGCAAAGCCAUCUGGAGGUCAAACUUCAAACAAAGCUACAAAGUCAAGGUUUUUAGAAGACUUUGACUCAAUAAAUCCGAUUGGCAAAGGUGGCUUCGGCCGUGUUUUCAAGGCAAGACGAAAGCUUGAGAGCACAUAUUAUGCUGUGAAGAUAGUGACGAGUACAAAAAAAGCUCGUCGUGAGGUCAGUGCUUUGGCUAAGUUUACUAACGCCAACAUCGUCCGCUACUACUCAUGUUGGGUCGAGGACACGGCAUACAGUUCUGGCAGUGACCCGGAAACAAAGUUCCUCUACAUUCAGAUGGAGCUUUGUGAGGGAGACACGCUUCAUGCCUGGAUUGAUAAAAGAAACUCUUCAGAUGUUCAUGACCCAGAGAGGAGGAAGGAGGCAGCACAGAUCAACAGGCAGGUGCUGAAGGCCGUGGAGUACAUCCACAAAGAGGGCUUGAUCCACAGAGACCUGAAGCCUUUGAACAUAAUGUUCAGUAAGGGAAGAGUAAAGGUUGGAGACUUUGGCCUUGUGACCACAGCAGAAAAUGACAAUGACGAGCAACUGUUGGAACGGACUAAAGGGACAGGAACCCGUAUUUACAUGAGCCCAGAGCAGGUGGCUCACACACCCUAUGACAAAAAGGUGGAUAUUUAUGCUUUGGGUCUCAUAUACUUUGAACUCAUCUGGAAACUUGCCAUAGUGUCUGAAAAGAGCAAGAUUUGGAAAAACUUAAGAGUUAGGAAUUUUCCACCACAGUUCUCCAGGAAAUUUAGCUUUGAGCACAAGCUCAUAGAUCGAAUGCUGAGUCCCAGUCCUGAAGAGAGACCAGACGCCUCAGAGCUGAUCAGAGAGAUGAAAGGUGAUCCCAGUGACUUCAUUUCAGGAUUGUCUGAUAGUUUUGAUGUGAUCGCAAAACUUGGUCAAGGAAGCUAUGGCUGCGUUUAUAAAGUAAAACACAUAUAUGAUGACAAGAUCUACGCUGUAAAGAGAGUUAUCUUAAACGGGAACGCUGAUUCUGAGGUGAAGGCACUGGCCCGACUAGAUCACCCAAACAUAGUACGGUACAUCACAUGCUGGCCAGGUUCUGACAACUGGACGUCAAACCAAGAAAUAAACCAAGUGUCCAAUACACCAGGUUCUUCAUCGGAUGUAGGGAUCUUUGAGAGAGACAGCUGUGAAGAGAGGGAUGAUGAUGAUGAUGAUGAUGAAAAUGACACAUCAGGAGUGGAAAGUCUGAGUGUAACAGAAUCAGCAUCCGCUGCUGAGCCCACAGGAAGCAACAGAACUGACCGUUUAGACUCUUCAAAUCACAGCGGGACAUAUUUAUUUAUUCAGAUGGAGUUCUGCGAGGGAGGAACACUGACUGAUUGGAUACAGAAAAGAAAUUAUCAGAAAAAACAGAGAACCACAGUGGAAAUAAAUAAAAUAUUUUAUGAAAUUAUCACUGGAGUGGAAUUCAUCCAUGCAAACAAGCUCAUCCACAGAGACUUGAAGCCUGAUAACAUACUGUUUGGUGCUGAUGGUAAAGUGAAGAUCGGAGACUUUGGGCUGGUGGCGGCUCAGACGGAUCAAAAUGGUGACCCUGUAGAGAGGUCAAACAGAGGAACACUAUCUUAUAUGAGUCCUGAACAGGAAAAUGAGAAGAAUUAUGAUGAAAAAACAGACAUUUUUCCCCUGGGACUCGUAUGGUUUGAGAUGCUCUGGAAAAUAUCUACUGGUAUGGAAAGAGAGAAGCUGUGGAAAGACCUGAAAAAUCAAAGGUUUCCAAAAGGUUUCAGUCAGAGUUUUUCGACUGAGAGUAAAUUCAUCAUGAAGAUGUUGUCGUAUUCACCAGAGCACAGGCCACAUGCAAAAGACGUAAAAGAAAAGCUGGAGAAGUUUUUCCAUCUGGAUCAGAAUGUGUUAAGCCAGAAAACCAUCUGAGAUGUUUGUGCAUAGAAACCGUCUCAGCAGUUUGGUCAGGUCCUUUCAGAAUAAUGAACUACCACAGAGUACUUCUGACAGGUGACAACGUUUCUAUUUUGAUGAUUUCAUGGAUUUGUUCAUGAUUUAAUGAUUAACUAUUUAAUGAUGUCUGAUUAAGGUGAUAAAAUAAACUCAUGAAAUGUAAACUUUGGGGAGUGGUUUUUAUAAACAAAAUAUGAGAAUAGCUUUUGAAGGAUCUAAGGAUCAAUUCAAUUCUAAGGAUCCUCGAAUGCAGUCGGUGUGUGUUUUGCUU